UGAAGAAUUAUCAAUAAAUCCAAUAAAUAAAUUCGAGCAAUCUGGUACCGGUACCGUACCGUUUAGCUGGUACCGUUAGUACCGGUACUGGUACCGGUACCUGCCCACCCCUAGUCAUAGGAGUGAGGAUUAGUGAACAGUGAACAGUGAGGCUCGCCGUGUCUUCAUGGCGUCUCAGGAUGGCCGCCGUGAAGACGAGGAGGCGGGCAAGGCCGAGGCUGGUGCGGGAGAGUUUACACCGAGCGAGAUGGACUUCAUCGCUGCCAUGCUGGCCAGUAUGAGGGAGGAAUUGGAUAAAAGGGCAGACGAGAGGGCCAGAAGGCUAGACGAGAUAGCACGCGAGCAGGCUCAGAGAACAGAAGAGAGGGCAUGCGAGCAAGCUCGGAGGGCAGAAGAGCAGGCCCGCCAUCUUGCCGAGAUUAUCCUGUGCAGUUUCUCGUCUCUGAAAGUGGAAACGCAGCCAUGCACGGACCGGGCCUGCGACAGCGUGAGGAGUGAACGGCUGGAGGAGGUGCAGCAGACCUUGGAAGGCGAGGUUCAGGGCCUGAGGGAGGAAGUUGUGGCGGAGAGGCAGCAGCGAGAGGUGGCAGGCCGUACAUGGAGGAACGGGGCUCAGUUCUGGCGGGGAGCGCCAGGGCGGCGGUCCAGCUGGAGCCUGGUAGCGUCGUGGUGGAGCCAGUUACUGCCGCAGGAGGUUGGGGAGCCAACAGAGCCGCUCCCUCGGGUCCAGCCGGCGCCGAAGUCGGACCCAUUCACCCCGCCUGGUGGCCUCCAUCAACCCCUCCCUCCCCUCCAUCUCACGUGGUCCGCCCUCUUCCCGCUGCGGCCCCUCAGCCUCCCGACGCUCAGGGAGGCUUGA